CUCUGCUGUUGAAGGUUUCUUAAGCUCUCACCGCAUACAGGGUUGCACAGAAGGAUUAUGCAUUUAUCAACCGGGGAAUGGCUCUUUGUUUUCGCUGAAAACUUUAUGUUUGCCACCCAUGAAGCGACUUAAAUAUCUGACAUUGAUGGGCGCAAGUAUGCAAGAAGUGAAGACCGAGUGGGAUGAGGAAGGAAGAAAGAAACAGACACAGUAUGACUUUCAAACGUCUGUGAUUGCAAGUGAAAGAAACUUCUACGACUUGCGGAGGGUCGACAUAUAUGAUUGCCCAAAUUUAAAGGACAUUACAUGGAUCAUUUGGGCCCCAAAUCUGACAAGUCUCUUUGUGUCUUGCUGCAAUAGUAUGGAAGAAAUAAUUAGUGAGGGUGGAGUUGCAGCGAUGACCGGGAAUCUUGUCUCGUUUGACAAACUCCAAAUUCUGGUUCUAAUUUGUCUGCUAGAAUUGAGGAGUAUCCACAGUUUUGCACUUUCCUUCCCUAGUUCGGUUGCAAUUAGAGUAGAUUAUUGUCCAAAGCUGAGGAAACUUCCACUUAGAUCCAACAGCGCAGGGGGUAGAAUCAUCAUUAGAGGAGCCGGGAGCGCAACAGUGGUGGAAUGAGCUAGAAUGGGAGGAUGAAUCCGCACGGGACACUUUUCUUCCGUCUUUCCAACGUACAUCUUAAAUUGCUUCAAAGCAGGAUGAAUCCACAGGGAACCCUACUUUCACUCUUCUCAGUGUCUUGUUUUUAUUUUUUUGGUCUCCGUCCGUGUCUUGUUUGGCUUGUUGGUGUGUACUGAAUGAAUAAAAAUUAUGACAAUGGUAUGUCAUGGUACUCUUUUAUUUUAAAUUCAAAGAAAAAAAAUGCACUAUUUUAUUUUACCUUAUUUAAGCUUUUUUUCUUUUUUCUGAAAUCGGUGUGUAAUGUUUGACAAUUGAUGUGGUGUACAAUAAAAAAAUAAUUAUUAA